AUGGCAUCUUAAAACGUUGAUUCUGAUGACUAUUAUGAAGUAUUGGGCAUCCCCAGAGAUGCAACUGAGGAUGAUAUCAAGAAAGCUUAUAAAAAACUUGCCCUAAAAUGGCAUCCAGAUAGAAAUAGAGGAAAAGAGGAUGAAGCCCAAGAAAAAUUUAAGAAGGUUGGAGAAGCUUAUGAAGUUAUAUCCAAUCCAGAAAAAAGAUCUAUUUACGACAGAUAUGGCAAAUCUGGUCUCAAUCCUGGUGCAGGAGGUUCAACAGGUGGAUCAUUCAAAGGAUUCGGUGGUCACCAUGAUUUCUUUACUUUCAGUGAUGCUGAAUCAGUCUUUAGAAAUUUCUUCGGAGGAAAAGACCCCUUCUCAACAUUCUGCGAUGAUGAUGAUGACUUUAUGAGCUUUGGCUUUAGCAGUGGAAUGAAUAAAUAAAAGAGAGGAGGAAACAACUAAAGACAGCAACAGCAGUAAAGAGAUCCAUUCGGAGGAAUGGGCUUUGGAGGUUUCGGUGGAUUUGGAAAUUUCGGUGGCUUUGGAGCUGGCUUUAAUGACUUUGAUGAUGACUUUGGAAACUUCGGCGGUGGCUUUGGUGGUGGAUUUGGUGGCGGUGGUUUCACUUCCUUCUAGUCAAGCUUCUCUGGGGGUGGACCAGGCUCAACCUCUGUCAAGACUCAGACCUAUAUCCAAAAUGGGCAAAAAAUAACCAAGACAGAGAAAACUGUGUAUGAUCAUAAUGGAAAUAAAAGGACUGAGGUCACUGAAGAGAUUGACCAAGGCAAUGGUAGAAAGGAAAGGCACACCUAUUCCCUUACAAAUGGAGAUUAGGACAAUCAGUAAUAGUAAUAAAAGAAAAAGUCUACCAAGCAAAUUAGAAAUAGAUGA